AUUGUCACCCAAUUGGAUGAAUUGAUUUCAAAUUCAACAAGUCAGAUCCCCCUCGCCGAUAUGGCGUCCCAACGCAGAGGCUCCGCCCCGCGCGGGGACGGCAGCUUGGCCGCCAUCUGUACAGUCAUUGAGCGCAGUAACCUGGACCGCAAGUCUAAGCUCGACAGCACUGGCCGAAUCUGCUACGAGCUCAAAAAUGAUCCGUUGCUGCUGGACUCGUUCCCUAUGGAUCGACUCAUGAAGGCCAUGCGCCGUCUGGUGUGCGACUCAGACACGUCUACACGCGCAGGUGCGCUCAGGGCGCUGCGUUACGCUAUCAGCAGCAGCGGCAGUAUCAAACACUUCGUGGAUCUCAAUCUACCAGUCUUCGUGGUUCGCUCGCUAGAGCGUGAGCAGAAGCACUUGGCGGAGCGUGUUCAGGCUCUCAAAGUCGUGCGCAGGAUCAUGGAGAUCGAUGCGGAUCAGAUGCCGACAGGACUCGUGGCUUCGUUAACGGCCAUUGCUGGACACAAGGACGAUAAUAUGCGUCGAGUGUGCUUGGAGACGCUCCGGGAAUUAGCACUGCUGAAUGUAGAGGUCGUAGCUGAGGCCAAUGGCACCAAAAUCCUAGUGGAUGCCAUUCUGGAGCCAUCAUUCCAGGACCUGGCUGACUCGCUUCUGAUGACGCUGCUACUUAUCCUGAACGAGCCGUCGACCCGGAAGUUUAUUGAGCCUUUCGUGGAUUCACAAGUGCUACUGGCACCAUUUACAGAUACUGAUUUACCGGCGGGUAAUGAACGGAGACAGCGCUGGAUGGCCAGUCGCAACGCCAUCGUGGCGAUGAUGCGAUCAUGGACAGGAAUGGUGGUGCUAACAAGUAACCCGCAGGGUCUACAGUCGCUGAUUCAAUUAUUGGUACGGCCUGUGGGUGAGGACGUACAGAAGGCUGUGUUGUCUACUAUCUGCGAGAUCUUUUACAAGAAGACGAGUUUCGACAAGUCAGCCACGGACGCUGCCGACACACCUGCUCUCCCCGUGAGUCUGUCGAGUGCAGAGCAAUUACCACUUGCAGUGAACCACAAUCUGCUGGACAAUUACACAGUGAUCAUCCUUCUCGCCAUGAUUCAUUGUGGGAUUCUAGAAGCGCUGGUGACUUUAGGAACGGGACCGUCUCGAGCAUUGGCGGAACCGGCGAUCGACCUGCUGGCCGACAUUUUGCGGAUGGCUUCGCGGCUGCUGCCGGACCAGCACUGUGCGUCCUUGCUUGCGCUCCCGCGAUUGGUAUCAGCGACCUCGCUGACUACGACAACGACGAUGUCCCUCGGUGACCACGCAAAGAGCUUGUUAGAACGUCUACAACGUGAAAAAUCGAUCCGAGCUAGUGAGAUGCUGGGUGAGCUGGCUAACGCUGUUGGUGCCAACUCCGGCAGCAUUGCUACUCGAGGUGUAUCGUUGGUUUCGUACGGCGGUAGCGGCGUUAAUGGUGUGCAGCUGGCGUCCGAGCUUCUGCGCGACACGAACCGUCCAUCAAAUCUCUUGGCUCUGCAGCAAAUUGCAGGCGUGGUGCGUCUCCCGUCAUCUAGUGGUGGCGGUGGUAUCCCCGGAACUGGCAGUGGCUCAGCAAAUUAUGCUGUUGCGCCUCCUUCAACACAGCGCGGAACGAAGAACGCGACGGCGCUACUAAAAGACAGUCUGACGUCGCGAGAGCUGAUGGUUCUCGAGCUGAAGCAGUCUCUGGAUGCGCAGAUGGACGACAGUACAUUUAAAGACAUGCUGCACAACCGCUCGCGCGUGCUGACGGACAAGAACUACAAGAACUGGAACUGGGAUAUCAUUGCCGAGAUGCUCGAAGGCCCACUGACAAACCCGCAGCGGCUCUCAGAAGCAAUGAAGACCAAGUUCUUCAAGCGUCUGUCGGGAUUCUUCCGUUGCGAUCAGGGCAACAAGGGCUACUUCUCGAACCUGUACUGGAUCCCGGAUCAUGUGCCCUAUUUGCGUCCAGCCUGCCAGAUGUAUACGCUCCUGUUGAAUCACCCCGAAGGUUUGCUCUUUCUGAAGACCGACCGCCGUGGGCAACUGCUUACUGAGAUUUCAUCUGCGCUGGAACUGGAGGCUCGUCCAGAGGCUGCUAUCGUGGAGUCACAUAUUGGUGUGCUGAAGGCGCGCAUGUUUUCACCUGACUACGUAUCACGUCGAAUGUUGCGUGAAUACUUUACGCUUCUGGGACUGAUGAGCUCGAGCAAGGAAGGACUGAAGAUGAUGGAACAGUCUAAUCUGUUCCAGCGGCUAUACGUCAUGGGCACAACAAAGGGUCACGAUUUCCUGUGUCGACUCAUUCUCGCCAACUUGGACUACUCAGUUGAUGGCAGCUCCCGCAAGCUGCUCCAGUCUUGGAUGAUGGAAGGCUCCAAGGCGUUGCGUUUGUAUGCAACUUGCUUGCUGCGUGCUCUGCUGCGUUCUGAGGUGGCCGACUUCGAUAAGUGGGGUAUCGACGCACUGGUGACUCAGUUGACACAAGAAGAAGAAGUUGCCAAGGCCGCGCUGAGUGUCCUGGAAGAAGCUGCUGAGACCCCUGCAUGUCUUCUAGCUAUGAUUUUGAAGAGACCAACCAAGUUGAUCCAGCUCAAGGAUAAGCGUGCUGAGUCUCUGCUACUCAAGUCCCUUUCGCUAGCUGAGGGACUCAACUUCUUGCGUGAAACAGGCGACUGGAUCCCGCGUACACUUGCCGCUUGGCGUCGUGAAAAGCACAUUUCAUACGUACAUGCAGUGGAGCACGCGCUGUUCCGUGGCUUACAUCGUGAUGCAGCAGGGCGAGAACGCGGUUCAAGCAGUGGUUCAACUAGCACACGGCAGACGUGCUCUCCCACGCCUAUCCCGGUGAAUGUGCCUAUGAAGCGAGGUGGUGGGGUCGGACUCAAGCCACCAAGCGGUGGAAGCAGCCAGCGCUCCUUGUGGGGACUGGAUUGGCUCUAUCGUAUGCCGUGGAACAUGGAGGUGAAGAUUGUGGGUCCUCCAGGAAGCGGCCCUCCUUCGAAUCUCAUCUUAGAAACAUACAUCGAUGGUGCUAUGCGUGACGAGGAUGACAGUACCAGUAUCGACGAUGAGCUUCGCAUGAACUCUAUCCGCGUCAAGGGAAUUGUUGUAGAUGCGCGUAACAUGCCUCAACCUGUGGUCGUGAACUCACAACAGACACUACAAGCUUGUCUGUUCCUGGGCACGCAACCGGUAGACCGACGUGGCUUUACAAAGCCUCCUCCGCAGAGUAAUGGAGGCUUCGUGUCUACAAACGCAUCUGCAUCCGGCGGUGGGUCUGCUCUUUCAACUGAUACGCAACAGAAAAUGCUACGUGCACGAUCGGCCUCGAACUCGACUACAGGGAAUAUGGACCGCGGGUCAGAGACCAUGAUGUCUUCAUCACUGGACUUUGCCGAUACUGGAGCGUCUUCGAUCGACGCAGCGAAGGAAGAGAACAAGGACUGGAGUUCAUGUCAGCCCGAGCAGCGGUCACCGCAGUAUCUGACAGCGCCGGAGUGCUCGCUAUGUGCUCCUGGAGAGCGUGCUGUGUGGAAUUUCCGAGUGGAAAUGGACUCGGCAGCUGGCACCAACACGUCAAACGGCAGUGUAAAGCGGCUACUGCUUAAGUCCGUCGAGUUUACUCUGCAGUUACUUCCUCUUCGCCCGCGUACCGUACCGCUACCAGUGCAUCUGUACGGCGAGCUGGCGAAGACUAGUGCUGGCUGCCAGAUCCUGCAUUCAUCGGGCCAUUUACCAGAAUUCCUCGCCUGUCUUCGUGACGCCGCAAGCGUUCCACUUGAAAAGCGUGCUGCUCUCUGGGCACUUGGCCACGUGUCAGCCACACCACGUGGAUACGACCUUCUGAACCACUACGCUCAAGACUUUGUGGAGAUGAUCGUGAAACUGGCCACAGAUUCUCCGCUGGUAUCCAUUCGAGGAACGUGCUUCUUCGUGCUGGGUUUGCUAGCACGGUCACCUGCUGGUCAACGUCACUUAGCACGUCUUGGCUGGGAUGCUCCGCGAGAUGCAUCCCGUACUUCUAUCGCCGUCCCGCAGAACUGCACGUCACUGUUUAUGUGGCCCCCGUCUAGAUCCCCAACACCCUGUCCAUUGACGCAGACACCUCAUGCUUCACCUCUCCAGCGUCUUUUCAUCCGUAGACGUGACAAGAUGCCCAACGAGUGGCGCGAAGUAUUGCGCUUUGUUGCUGAUUUGAGCAACCACAUCACGCAGAAGGAGGCCCAUGCUUCGCUCAACAAGCUGCGCUCAUCAAAACCCGAGUUGUUCGAAGAGCCCGUGCUGCUGAUGUAUGUGCACGCUCUACUGGAGAAGUACAGCUACCGUUUAGCACUACGCCAGUUCGUGCUCAACGCUUUUGAUCGAGCAACAUUGACGGACGAAGUGCUUGAUACGCUUCGCAUUGAGGAUGAAGAGGAGCAAGGCCAAACGCGUCAACGUGUACCGACCGGUCGAGAGCUGCGGCGGCGUCGCUCGUCACCGUCGAUCCCAUCAUUCACAGCCUCGGUCCAGUCGCUGAACGCUGCUAUGCAGGCUACUUCUAGUGUCUCGCGUCUGUCAUCCAUGCAAAAUGUAUUGAGUACUGGUGGCAAUAUGGGCGAUCAGCGCUCGACCAUGCGGCUAAAUGCUCACAACGACCCCAUUGAUCGCAUUGUACUGCUCAAGCGCAACCGCAAACGCUCUGCUUUCUCCGAGAAGACGAUCGUUGUUGGAGCUCCUGAAGCGGCUGUGUAGGCGGAUAGACUUCUCAAUACCUAGCGUUUGUUGUCACUAUCUCUAUAUUGUGUCCCUACCGUCUAUAAGAAUCUCCCAGAGGCCAUAUCCAUAAGUGAGUCGCCCAUGUGUAGGACCUCAAGCUUGCAC